AUGGAGAUUGUUCAUGCUUUUUUUCAACCAGAUGUGGCAGCAAAGACUGUUCAAAUUAGAAUUCCUCAGAAGUCAAAGGAUAAUUUAGUUUGGACGUUGACAAAUAAUGGGUUGUUCAGUGUGAAGUCUGCUUACAACAAGUUAAUGGAACUAAAACUCAGUUCUCAACAUGAUUAUGGAAUUGAGAAGAGUAUAUGGAAAAGACUAUGGAAACUAAAAAACGAUUCCAAGAUCAAACUAUUUCUAUGGAAGUGUCUUACAGAUUCAGUUUCUACAAGAGGCCUGAGUUCAAUAACUCAAUUCACUAGAGUACAACAGUGGGUUAUUAGUUGGUUCAGCACUCAAUCAUCUGCCAAUGAAGACUGGAUUAUACAAUUAUCUUGUGCUUUACGGGAAGUCUGGAAGGAGAGAUGCAAUGUGGUUUUUGAGCAGAAAAAACCAAAUCCAAUUUCCUGCAUUAGAAGAGCACAAUGUCUUGAAAAAUCUAUCAAGGCUGACAUAUCUAAUUCUAAGAUCACUAGUUCUACAAUUCCUUUACUAAGGGAUAGUCAUUGGAAACCACCAACAGAUCCUUUUGUCACCAUUAAUUUUGAUGCUUCUUUUAAGUUAUGUUCAAAAGAUUGUGGCUUAGGACUGAUCAUAAGGAAUUUUGCAGGUACCUUCCAAGGAGCAAAGUGCAUCUACAGCAAUGGAAACCUGAAUGCAGAAGAGGCAGAAUGCAUAGCUUCAUUGGAGGCGGUACGAUGGGAAAUGAAUCGACAUCUAGAGUAUAUCAUUUUAGAAACAGAUUCAUCUAAUCUUGCUGCUGCUAUCAAUGGAGAUGAUGCAAGAGGUUGCUGGGAGAACUUACCAAUUAUCUCUGAUAUUAAAUUUUAUCUCAAUAAUUUUAGUUCAUGGAAAGUGAGGCAUGAUAUAAUUGAGUGCAACAAAGUGGCUGAUACUUUAGCCAAAUUCUCUAGGAAAAACAAGGUUAAUAACUUAUGGGAGGAGUCACCUCCAGAUUUUAUCUGUAGUCAGUUAGAGGAAGAUCUAAAGGAUAUUUCCCUUAUCUUACCUCCUUAA